UAAACAUAUAAGGCUUUCUGGAGUAUGGAGUAUGGUUAUGUUUUGGGGAAACUGAUUGGAACUGUACAGAAUCCCAAACAAGGAAAUGAUAAGCUGCCACAGCUCUCCUCACCUGCUAAAUGGUGCUUUUCUUAGCAGAAUUAGGAAGUUCUGAUGCUUCUGGCCCUGACGUUGCUCUUUGUAUAAUUUACAUUUACUUCCUGGGCACAGUACCGUCUGGAUUUUCUCUUCCUUAUUUUAAGUUUAGUAUUACAGAAUGAGCCAGAAGCUGUGAACAAUACUGUGUUUUUUCCAAAAGAGGUUCCAUGUUCCUUUAUACUGUAUGUGCCUUGAGAGGUGCUUUGUGUUAGAACGUUUGUGACUUAUCAUCAACUACAGAAAUAUUUUUUAAAGUGUGGUCCGUGAGAUAAUGGUUGGCAACUGCUGUAAAGAUGCUUUUAUCAUUUGAAAAGGACUAAUUAACACAUACUGUAGGAAAACUUCUUUAAACACAGCCAUGUUCUGAAAAGGAAAAUGCUGAAGGGGAGGAAAUAAAAGAGAGAACGUUUUACAAAACUUGAUAAAAGCUCAGUGUGUCUAUCCUACUGGAAUAAUGUAAUUAAGGGAAAUUAAAUGAGUUGGAUAAAUAACUUUCUUUUAACUUAGCCCCUGGAAAAGGAAUACAAUUAAGUAGCAUAGUUUUUUAAACCAAAAUUCUGAUGGUCUACAUGUACAUUUUAAUUAACCUAAUAAUAUUUAUUGAAUGACAAGCCAGGUUGGCAGCUAUAUCCAGAGUUGAUGCCAUGUGAGACCUACCUUGAAGGAUGGACGAGGCUAGGAGUGGUAACUUCAAAUGCCCAUGCUAAGGAAUCGCUGGAGAGUAUGGGAAAUUUUGAGCAGAGAACAGAAGGAUCUGACAUGAACUUUAAUUUCUUUUUCGUCAGAUGAAAACACAUAGAAAGCAAGGACUCAAUCUUUAGUUUUUUUGUGUAGCACCAAUGCCAAUUCUAGCCUGUCAGGGCAAAUUCAAUACCAAUUAAUAGCUCUUGAUGAGCCAGUCAUUCUAGAAUUGAUUUUUUAAUAAGCUGGCCAAUAAAUGAGAAUCGACAUACAUUUAGGGAUUUUUCUUUUAAAGGCAAAUGUUAAGGCGGUUUUCACAGACUCCUAUAUUCCUUAAGCAUCUGGUAGGUAUGAUGGUGGAUAAUUUAGCUUUAGCAGAGAGAAUGUGGCAGCUGAUUAAACAAAAAAGCCUGCAGUAUGUCUGUCUUAAUUAGAGAACUUAAGUUGUCUAAGGAAGUAGAGAGGUCAGAGAAGGCCUAGAGGGGAAAAAGAAGCGUGAGCCCGGUUAGAGCUGAUAAAAAUUUACUCUCAUGAUUUGACCAGCUAGCGAUGACUGGGCAAGUUCCCAGGAUCCUCUGACCCAGAUGUUCUAAUUUGUAAGUGCAAAAUGAUUUCUCUAUCAGCCUCUUGGGGAAAUCUUCAGAGCUGUGAACCUGCUACCUCGAGUAAUCUUGUCCUGAGCCCUAGGCUGUUCUCAGAUGAAAUUUCAGAAAGUGACCACUGGAGCUUCCCAGGUAAGGGCUCCAGAGGCUGCCGAGUGACCAGCAGUAGGGGAAUGAGGUUUACCUGCCCCAGUAAUCAGCACUCGAUUUUUAAAGAGCGGUGGGGUGCCUUUUCUUCCCAAGGUUGCAGUUGAUUGCAGUCGGCUCCGGCUGAGUUGUUUGGGAAAUAGGAGUUUUGCCCAGCGUGAGUCAGCACUGCCCUGGGUAAACUGCUUGCUCUGUUGCAAUCUUGCUUACCAAAGAUACGUCCCCAGGCGGCACCAUUCACUUUGCCUGAAAGCCGCCGCUGUUGGUUCCUGAGAUGAUCUCAUCUGAGCGUGGCUCCAAGGACCUCAGCAGCAGGAACAGGAGGCAGCUUGCUUUCUGCCGUGGCAAUGUUUUGAAACAGGCAAAAUCAGAUUUUAUCAUGUGGGCAACCUGCUGCAACUGGUUCUGCCUGGAUGGACAGCCUGAGGAGGCCUCACCACCCCAGGGAGCCAGGACGCAGGCCUAUUCUAACCCUGGGUACAGCUCCUUCCCUUCCCCAACAGGCUUGGAACCCAGCUGCAAGGCCUGUGGGGCCCACUUCGCAAACACAGCCAGGAAGCAGACCUGCUUGGACUGUAAGAAAAAUUUCUGCAUGACCUGUUCGAGCCAGGUGGGGAAUGGGCCCCGCCUCUGCCUUCUCUGCCAACGAUUCCGAGCCACAGCCUUUCAGCGGGAGGAGCUCAUGAAGAUGAAGGUGAAGGACCUGAGGGACUAUCUCAGCCUCCAUGACAUCUCUACCGAAAUGUGCCGGGAGAAAGAGGAGCUGGUGUUCUUGGUGCUUGGCCAGCAGCCUGUAAUCUCCCAGGAGGGCAGGACUCGGGCCCCCACCUUGUCCCCGGACUUCCCCGAGCAGCAGGCCUUCCUGAUCCAGCCUCACACCAGCACAGUACCUCCUACCUCACCCAGCCGCCCUUCUUCACCCACACAAGCCGCUUCUGUUCCCCCCACGCCCGCUCAGGAACAUCAGCAGGCCAGUGGCCAUGUGUCUCAGGACCAAGAGGAACCCGUCUUCCUGGAGAGCACAGCCAGAGCACCUGCUGAGGAUGAGACCCAGUCCGUCGACUCAGAGGACAGCUUUGUCCCGGGCCGGAGGGCCUCUCUGUCUGACUUGACUGACCUAGAGGACAUUGAAGGUCUGACUGUGCGGCAGCUGAAAGAGAUUCUGGCUCGCAACUUCGUCAACUACAAGGGCUGCUGUGAGAAGUGGGAGCUGAUGGAGAGGGUGACGCGGCUGUACAAGGAUCAGAAAGGACUCCAGCACCUGGUGUGCAGUGCUGAAGACCAAAACGGGGGAGCAGUGCCGUCCGGCCUGGAGGAGAACCUGUGUAGGAUCUGCAUGGACUCGCCCAUUGACUGUGUCCUGCUGGAGUGUGGCCACAUGGUAACCUGUACGAAGUGUGGCAAGCGCAUGAAUGAGUGUCCCAUCUGCCGGCAGUACGUGAUCCGAGCGGUGCACGUCUUCCGAUCCUGAGGGCUUGUACCGACUUCGUCAGUGCCUUAUAGGGACAUAGCUGAGGUGUCUGGGCUCAGGGUUGGCCAGCUUGCAGAGGGGCAGGCUAACAAGAAAAUUUGCAGUGUUCCCAAGACCAGAGCAAACAAAGAUGCUAUGUCACCUCUGGGCAUGCCUCUCUUGCCAUGGAGAUGCACCUCUUGGCUGGGAGAGCCCGGGGCCAGUGGGAACUGGUACAGAUUGCAUGGGCAAGCCCGUUUCAAUGAUCUUGGGGUGAUGAUGGUAGUUGAAGAAGAGAAGACUUUCCAGAACUUGGACCAUAUCUUCCUCCCUUCCUCCCUUCCUCCGAGAAUCUAAACUCAGUUUCAGCCUUCCUCCUGUACCCUACCCAUCCCCUGAACUGCUUGCCUCUGUGUUUCACCAAUCAGAAGUCCUGGUAGAAAUGGUUCUCUUCCUCCCCAGCACAUUUGGAUUUAUUUCUGGUCUCUCUGGCUUUUUGUGCAUUAACCUCCCUUUGCUGAAGUGUCUUGCUACAUUGCCUAAAAUCCAUUUGUUUCUUCAGACCAAAAAAAUAUUAGCUUACCAGACCAAUAGUGAUCUUCCUUAGGACAGAAUUUGGACCAGUAAAUGUCUCUCUGGUGAGAAAUGAAACACAAAUGCUAUUGAAAAAUUUCAUCGUUAAGAGUUCCUUCCUUGAGUGCUGGGAUUAGAAGCUAUCGGUUUCCUGACCUGAACUUGGGAGCCAACAAAAGCCUCUGGCUCCCCAGCUGCUGGGAAAUUCUAGUUUCCAUGUGUGAGAGAGGAUGCGUGGAUAUCUCUGCCGCUUCUUUAGGGGCCUCACUUUGUGCCAUCAUUAGUUUUAGCUUAUGAGAAAAGGGGAAGUGGUGGGUGGAAGCAGUGGCUUUCUGUUUAACUUUGACUUCUCCAAUGGACAGGAGUCUUAAACCACUUUUCCUGAGAAUGAAGUCCCUCUCUUUUCCAUGGAAGUUUUAAACAUGCUCGCAUUGAAGGUAUAGAGACUUAGGCAAUGAGCCUUGCUUUUCUCUAGCCAAACUUCUCAUGAAGUUCCUGGAGACCAAACAUGUACGACAGAGCAGCUAAGAGGUAUUAGAAGGUACUUGGAUUCAGCUCUUGAGCAGAUAGCUGGAAGUCUUAAUUUCCCGGGGUGGGGAGGACUCCCUACUCCCAUUUCCUUUCUCAGCCUACUGAUUGGGGGCACGUCAGGAAGAAUUCUCUAGGCCCUUUAGCAAGGACCAUCAAUGAGUUGCUGAUGUUUUUGACCUCUCUUAGGGUCUUUACACCACUGGAAGAGCCAAAGGGCUUAAAAGUUUGCUGGAGAAGCUUAACCAAGCACAAACCUACAUGGCUAUCAGAAGAGCUGUGUGUGCUGCCAUUACCAAUGGGUGAACUAUGCAAACCCUAAACACCUGAGGGCCUUGGCAGAGUGACCCCCGCCCCCCACACAUCUAAGAUCUCUCAGACUAGAAGAACCAAUCACGACUUUGGAAAGCACUGGGAAACCUCUAAGGGGAUCUGUUUAUCGGUACACACAUUCUUAUGCUUUCUCUCCAUCAUCAACCACUAAUCCCCCUUAGAGGAAUGGAAUAAUUUCAUAAAGUAGUUGUCAGCUGAACACUAGGCCGCUUACCUCAACAUUAUACCCAGUCCUGGAUGAUCUGAUUCUGGGCCACAGCCUUUGUAGGAAUUGGGGGAAACGAGAUUUCCCUGUGAAGAUACCAUGUUUUGCCUUUCUGCUGGACAGUAAAUACUAUAGUGUACAAUGCCUACCCGUUUAGCAAAGGGUUCAGCUACUCCUUGGUUCCACUGUGAAACAGGUCAAUAUAUAUGCAACUCAGUUAAGAUCUAACCAUAACUUCAGGGUAGAAGCUGGCUCUCUCCUUACUUAAAACUUGCUUUCUCUGCUGAGGCUUCACCUCUCCCUACCUCCCAAUUUCUCUCCUAGAUAUGAGUUAAAAAAUAGUAUCCUGAUGGUUGGUUAGUAACAUGAGUAAGAAUUAGAACUGAUGUCAUUUACUGAUUUUAGAGAAAGAACUUGCCCUUAAGUAUUCUAACCUUUUGGUGAAGGUUUCCACUUAGGAAAAAAGGUGUCAAACAACCCUGUUGUUUUUUGUUUUUUUUGGUUUUGUAUCUUCUUUAUUAUUACACCAAAUAAAAGCUGGGAAUUCCAAGGUCCCAUUUCAGUUACUGUCUAACCUUAUAGAAAAUUUGAUUUUUAUCCUUGAAUUCUCCCUUCUGCCCCUCAUGGAUCCUUGGUCUUAAUUAUCAUGGAAACAUCUAAUUCUCCCAAUUAUUCCAUGGCUUUUGCUGUGAUUGUUCGGAGAUUUCAGUUGAGACUUGUUUUAAAAGACCUGGAGAGCUGACUGGUUCAUAAUACAUUGGAAUAGUUGGAUCCAAACUAAUAAGAAUAAGCUGUACAGAAAUCAGUGCUCAAUAUAUGUUGUAUAAAUUUGUUGAAAUCUU